UCUUUCGAUCUCGACUUCCUGUCACACCAAAGGAUAAUGGCUGUACUUUCAGGUUACUGAUAGUCAUCCAGGAUCACACAAAUUCAUGAUAGGACGUUCCGGAUCUGGACCCUGAUCGACGGCGACACGAACGAUCUUCGACCCCUGCCUUUCGACUGUUUCGAUCCUUUGUUUCUCUGCUCCUGACGACAAUUGCCGCUGCUUACUUGCCCAGGAAUCUUGUUAUAAGUAGGACAAAGGCGAACUCCAAGUGGUAGAAUCAGUACCGGCGGUAGGCUGGUCAUAUAUGGACAAGUCGUUACACAUUACGAGACCGUCGAUCUGCAUCGAUCCGUAAAGCGACCAGAUAUCUUCAGGAUCGGCAACCGGGUCAUUCCCAGCAGCGAUAGCAGAAGACAUGACGACCACUAUCAAAGAUGGGUCUAUACGUCCCAGAAAUAGGCACGACCAGCCAGUCAAGAUGGCACAAUUUGAAAGAAGUGUGGAGAACAGGAAGAUCUUGCUGGGCAUCCUCAUUCCCUUCGGACUCGCCAUCCGGAUCUUGUUACUCGCCCUGAACAAGGACAACAGGGGGUGGCCUGAUGAAGGAGCCUUGGAUACUACGAUUUGGGGAUGGGUCAACUUGGGUCUCAUGUCUGUCACCACCCUGAUCUAUGUCCUUCAUCUUUUUCCAUGGUCGUACGAUCACCCCACUUAUCAGCGACAUUCAUAUAUCACGGUCUCUCUCUUUUACACUGUCACUCUUUCAGUCAUCACCUACGUCUUGCCCAGCUUGCUCUAUAUCCUUACAUACCGUCACAGACUUCCGGUUCGACCCGAUACCUGGGAAUCCGAUCCCGUCUUCAAUGGACUUCGUCUCAUGGAAGUUCUCUCGGUCCUGCUCGCCUUUGUGACGAUCGGAAGUACCAGGAGAGGACCUGAGCUCUUCUACGAGGCUCAAGAGCUUACGAUCGGCUACGGGUGGUCGAUGGAGGCGGCCAGGCCAGAGGACAAGCCUGUGAAGAAGAUUCCGGGGCGUUUCUCCAAGCUGGUCGCGGCGAAGACUCGGCGAGGAAAGAAGUACCAGCAGCUUGACUCGGAAGCUCCAGCGGAUUCUGAUAGAGAGGUCGACGAAGACGCCGACGGGGAUAUCCAGGAAGAUGCUCCGCUUCUCGGAUCGUCAGCUACCUCCCCUACUGCUUAUUCACCUGCAUCCCCGCGCUCUGUCGACGAAGCCGAUAGUGCCAUUGAACGGCCACCCAACGUUCUCGACUACUACCAAUGUAGUAUCUUUGGGCUGCUCUUCAUCGGGUACAUCUGGCCCAUCGCUUCACUCGCAGCCAGGCGACCUGAACUACGUCCCGAAGAUUUGCCUCAUCUUCCCGAAGCCCUUCGCUCGGAGAACGUCGAGUUGCCCGGGUCGAGGGAGCGCUUCGUUCUUACGCCAGAGGAGUUGAAAGAGAAGGAGUGGAAUGACAAGCAGGGCUCCUCUGAGCUCAUUUCAGGCCUGGCACAGAAGUGGACGCCUUGGACCUUGCUCGUCGAGGUCUGCCGAGGCCAGGGAUGGUUGAUCAUCAGCUCCAUUAUAUUCGAAUGGAUCUCCAAUGCGACCACCUUCAUACCGCAAUAUUGUAUGCAUGAGAUUACGCAAUCGUUCGAGAAGCCUAAUCGUCAGGCCGACAUGACGUACGCCUAUCUUAUGGCCUUUGGGUUGUUCUUCGGGACUUUCAUGAGCAACUUGCUAAGCAGCUUCACACGCAUUCGAGAAAACUUCGUAAACCACAAAGCGAUCAGGGUGAACUUGCGAACGAUGCUCUUCGCAAAAAUCCUUUGUAUCACGGACGACCAGUCUCCUGACGCUACGGGAACGGGAAGAGCCCAGAUCUUGAACCUGAUGAACGUCGACGUGGGCGUAAUCGCAUCCCUAGCCACUCGAAUUCUAGGCCUUAGCGAAGCUGCCGUGAAGCUCGCGCUCUCUGGAGGAUUCCUGUACUCAUUGUUCAGUUGGUCCGCAUUCGUCGCGAUGGCUACUAUUCCUCUCAUGGCUCCUCUGAGCGGACUUGUCGCAAGACUUACGUUCAAGUGCGAUCAAGAUCUGGCGAAAGCCAGAGAUGCGCGAAUCGGCGCGAUGAGGGAGAUGUUGAUUAGUGUCAAGGUGAUCAAGCUCAAUGCUUGGGAAGAACACCACCUGCGUCGCAUUUCGGAGCUCAGAGCAAAGGAGGUGCGCUUGCAAAGGUGGCGAUAUACCAUUGGCACCAGCUUCAAUGUGAUUGCUCUCUUCACGCCCUUGCUGGCCUUGUUCGCCAUGUUUACGUCGUAUACCAAGCUACAAGGUCGGGUACUUACCCCUUCAUCCGCUUUCGUCGCUUCGACCGUCUUCUCGUCUGUUCAAGAGAGCUUGAGCAAGAUACCCGAGGUCAUACAAAAGCUACUGAUGGCAUUAGUGUCCCUGCGUCGACUCUGCAAAUUCCUCAACUCCGAUGAGGUCGAGAACAACAACAUUCAAGCUGGCAAUCAUAUCGCAUUGGACAACGCAACAGUGACCUGGCCCGCGCGGGAUCUGCAAGUUGGAGAGGUGCAACAUCGUCAGCCGUUCACAUUGACCAACAUGUCCCUACGCAUCCCGCCUGAAGCCAAGUUCGUGCUCGUAUGUGGCCAAACUGGUGCCGGCAAGACCCUGUUCCUUCUGAGUCUUUUGGGCGAAGCUAAGCUUCUUGGGGGAACGAUUACGGCGCCCAAGUCGAGGUAUGGGUCGAUCCCGCUGUCCGACGAAAUCAGCCAGUACGAAAUGUCCGACCAAGAGGAAUGGAUCGAGGAGGAUACUAUUGCCUACGCCGCCCAAAUCCCAUACAUAACGCAUGGCACGCUCACAGAUAUGAUCCUGUUCGGACUGCCAUAUGUACCCUCACGUUACGAAUCGGUCGUCCAUCAGUGCGGGCUCGCCUCGGACUUUGCAAUGUUCCUAAACGGCGACCAAGAGGAAAUAGGAGCCAGCGGUGUCACCCUCAGCGGAGGGCAGCGAGCUCGACUGAGUCUAGCGCGCGCCGUCUAUAGUCGGGCAGGUACCAUAUUGAUCGAUGAUGUGUUGUCUUCCCUGGACGCCACAACCUCGCAAUACGUGUACGCCAACUGUUUACGAGGUGAUUUGGUCCGGAACCGUCGGAUCAUCAUGGUUUCACACAACGUUUCGCUACUCCUGCCGGCGAGUGAUCUGGUCAUUCAAUUGAAAGAUGGGAGAAUCGCAAGGUCUGGGACGCCGAAGGAGCUACGCGAAGUCUUAUUGCAAGAAGAGGAUCAUACUAUCACGGAGGAAUUCAACUCGUUAUUACUCCCUUCGCAAGAAGACAAGCCCAGAUCGCUCGUCACAACCACCUUGUCAAGGCGUAUCUACGAGGAAGAACACCAGGAGAAAGGAAACGUACGACUAUCGCACUACCGUUUUGUCAUCAAGAAUGUCGGAGGCAUAGGCUACUGGCUCGGCUUGCUUCUCUUGAUCUCCAUACCCGAAUGUCUGCGGGUCGUUAUGCGAUUCGUGAUGAGGCACUGGACAUCGGAGCCGAACCGGAACGAUUAUUGGAUACGAGUUUGGGCGGGUAUAGCGGGGCUGCAGGUCCUCACAUCGUCUGCCAUGUGGUUUUGGCUUUACGGCAACAAGCGGGGAGGCUUUACCCAAAGAGGGGCUGCGAAGAUGCACAACGCCAUGGUGGACAGCAUUCUGAAUGCACCGCUGCGGUACUUUGACCGGACGCCGGAAGGCCGUCUCUUGAACAGGUUUAGUAACGACAUCAAUAAGGCAGACGGAAAUCUCCCUGAUGGGUUUGGUAGAACGAUCAUGGAGAGCCUUACCGUGGCUGUCAAUAUUGCGAUUCUAGGAAUCAGCUUACCACCGGUAGCCCUGGCUUGCGUUCUGGCCGCGUACCCCUUCGAUCUACUUAGGAAAUUCUUUGGGCGCAUGAGGGCAAGCUUGGCUCGACUCGACGCUGUUCUGGCGAGUCCCAUCAGCGGGCUGACUUACGAGGCCAUCGGAUCGAUCGUCACCGUGAGAGCCUUUGGAUCGUCGCGUUUCUUGUGUCAGCUGUUCGCUACAUUCGAGGAUAUCAGUAAUAGGAUGUCCAUGGCUUCCUGGGCGAUUUGGCUAGCGUUCUCUAGCGCCAUGUUGACGUUCACGUCCUUGAUCCUCGGCGCAUCUGGAUUCUUCCUACUUGGCUCCAAUCUCUCAGCACCCGCAGCUGGAUUCGUCCUCACGUUCGCGCUGGAUCUCAGUGGGCAGAUUUUCUGGCUGUUGGAUCGCAUUGUCAAUUUCGAGGAGCAGAUGGUAUCCGUCGAGCGUAUUGCCGAGAUCACCAACAUUCCACCUGAAGCGCAAGGCGAAGAAGAUUUCUCCGUACCUGAAGACUGGCCGCAUGCAGGUGAAAUCGUCUGCGAGCAGCUGGCCGUGCGAUACGCCAGUGAUCUGCCGCUGGUGCUCCAGGGCGUUUCGUUUGCCGCCAAACCCGGAGAACGAGUCUGCAUUGUUGGGCGGACAGGUGGUGGCAAGUCGACGAUGGCCCUGUCGCUCCUGCGCGACCUCAGCGCGUCUUCAGGCCGCAUCACCAUUGAUGGCAUCGACAUCGCUCAAGUACCGCUUCACGUUCUGCGUUCCAAGCUAUCCUACAUUCCACAGGAAAGUCUUCUCACCUCGGGUACUCUCCGUGACGCGCUGGACAUCACGGGCGAAAAGGACGACCACGAGCUCUACGCGGCCAUGAAACAGGUUCACCUGGAUAUCGGACCGACGUCGCCUUUCUCUAGUCUGGACGCCUUGGUUUCUGCAGGGGGAAUGAAUUUUAGCUUGGGAGAGCGUCAGCUUCUUGUUCUAGCGAGGGCACUUUUGAAAUCUGCCAAGGUGAUCAUUAUGGACGAAGCCACGUCUUCUGUGGACUACGAAACGGAUUCCAAGGUCACUACCGCGAUCAAGGAGAUGAAGGGGGUCACCGUGAUCACUAUCGCUCAUAGGUUGAGAACGAUCAUCGAUUAUGAUCGAGUGCUGGUUCUGAAGAAGGGUAUGAUCGUCGAGAACGAUUCGCCUUCUACGUUGAUCACCAGAGAUGGUUCCGAGUUCAAGAGACUCUGCAUGGCCGAUGGACCUAUCGAGUACCAGCAACUGUUGGCCAUGGCGAGAUCUACCAAGAACUGAUUCGGGAGCUCGUCUGAUUGUCGCAUCUCUAACAAGAAUCAGGAUUGUAUUUCCCCAUACCCCGAUCCCAAACCCAUGAUCAUGUUGCGUGACGCGAGUGGAAUGGAACUGCCGUCAUAGGUCACCGAGGCAUAUUGUUCCUGCUAUGAGCUUUAGGUUUCAGUAAGCUUACUCCCGACUUGCGCAGAUGAAACGCUUUGGCAAUGGUACGAGACGAUCUAUUUCUGAUGUCCGCGAA